AUGGAAAAAGAAAACCCCAAAAAAAUAAAAUUAAAUGUUACAAGAGAAGAAGACAAUUUACAAACGAACAUAUAUUAUGUUUGCGAUAAAAAUAUUAUUAUUUCUCAAUUAAAUAUUACAAUUAAUUAUGAUGAAAAUAAUAUAGAAGAAGAGGAUUUUGGGAUUACUAACGAAUGGAAUAUUAAUGAUAUAAAUAAACAAGUUGAAAAUGAAGAUAAUAAUAAAAAAAAGAAAUACAUUAAUAUAAAAAUAUCUUAUAGUGAUGAAUUAAAUGAUUUAUAUUUUAAUAAUGUAAUAAAUAAUUUGUAUAAUUAUAUAUUUGAGAAUAAAUUAAAUAAUUUAUAUAUAAAUAAAAACCACACAUGGUUUAUAAAUAUAAAUAUAUAUAUAUAUGAAUAUACCCCAUAUAUAUAUGAUCAUAUUUGUAAUGUUAUUAAUGUCCAUUUAUCUCUUUUAUUAAUUCCAUUUUGUUUCUAUGACUUUGAUUCAAAAUGGUAUAGAUGUGUAGAAAAUUAUGACGAAUUUCUUAAGUUGAUUAAUAGGAAUAAUAAUAUAAAAGAAAAUAACGUAAAAACAAACAGUGAAACAUUGGAAGAUGAUAAAAAUAAAAUAAUUCAAGAAUCUCAUGAUACUUCAACAGAAGACAUGAUAUUAGUUUUAGAUAAACAUGAACAAAAUAAAAAUAUCAUUAUAAAUCAACUAAAUAAUACAAAUUUCGAUUUAUUUGUUCAAGUUAAAAAUAUAAAAACAACUGGGAUGUUUAAAAGAUUAUUUAUAAAUUUUAUUCCAAUUAUUAAAACUGCAAAUGUAAAUGAUCAAUUUAUUUAUAUUGUUAAAUUUGUAGAUUAUUCUUCUUUUUUUUUAAGUACCCAAAAUAAUGCUGAUAAUAAUAGUAUAUAUAAUGAAAUUGUUCAAAACCAUCAUUUUGUAAAUUUUAAUAAAUAUACCUUUUCCAAUUCCCUAGAAAAUAAUCCAAAUGAUACUGAAAACAAAUUUGAAUUUGUUGAUAAUUAUUAUAUUCUUUUUAAUGGCAAUCAUUCAAAUAUUGAUGAAGCUGGUAUACUCUCGGAUUCGAAAUCAACAAUACGUUUUUACUACGAUUUCAUCACUCAAUUUUGUACAAAUUAUUUUACAGAAAACUUUUUAAAGUAA